AUGACAGCCACAACAGCAAACACCAAUCGGGCAUUCCCCCUCCACCCCUUCUCCACUAAUCCCUUCAAAACCCGCGACGAUGCCGUCGCAGCCGUAGCCUCACUACUCGACCCCCUUCUCCCUGGUUUCUCCCAGCAAAACGCUUUGAUCAAGGUAGGCAGCACGGGCACGCGAUUUGACGAAACGGGCGCUCAGGUCGAGGGCUUUGCUCGCCCGCUAUGGGGUCUUGCGCCGCUGCUGGCGGGCGGUAGCACAUAUGCUUCCACGGACAAGUUUGUCCAAGGACUGAUUUCUGGGACGGAUCCCGAAAGCCCGGAGUUUUGGGGGUAUAUGGAGGAUACGGAUCAGAGGAUGGUGGAGACGUGUCCGAUUGGGUUUACGUUGGCGGUUGCGAAUGAGGCGUUUUGGGAGCCGUUGACUGAGCGGCAGAAAAAGAAUGUGGAGACUUGGUUGGGGAGUAUGAAUGAUAAGAAGAUGCCGGAUACAAAUUGGCUUUGGUUCCGUGUCUUUGCCAACCUUGGUCUGCAGAGAAAUGGGGCGAAAUGGUCAAAAGAACAGCUUGAAAAAGAUAUCAAACAGCUCAAUACUUAUUACCGCGGUGAUGGCUGGUCAAACGAUGGUCCUGAUACGUACCGCCAAAUGGACUACUACUCUGGUUCCUUUGCUAUUCAGUACCUGCAACUCCUGUAUUCGAAACUUGCUGCAGACAUCGACCCGGAGCAAGCAGAGGAGUACAAGAAGCGGGCACGCAUGUACGCCCUCGACUUUGUACACUACUUCGACCCCGAAGGCCGAGCCAUCACCUUUGGCCGCUCACUGACGUAUCGCUGGGCAAUGGUAGCCUUCUGGGGCGCCGUCGCUUACGCCGACCUAGAACUCCCUGCACCCCUCACCUGGGGCGUAGUCAAAGGAAUCUGGCUACGCAACCUACGCUGGUGGACAACCCAACACGACAUCUUCCAAUCCAACGGCAUGCUCACAGUCGGGUACUCAUACCCAAACUACUACCUCGCCGAGAACUACAACUCGCCCCAAUCCCCCUACUGGUGCAUGCUCGCCUUUGCCUGUCUCGCUGUCCCUGAAACCCACCCUUUCUGGUCCGCAAAAGAAGAACCUCAUCCCUUCGCCAACACCCGCGUCGUCCGCCCCUUACCGCACCCCCGCCAAAUCGUCUGCCUAUCAGGCGGUCACACCUUCCUCCUCUCCAGCGGCCAAUCCUGCCACUACGCCAUCAAGAACAGCAACGCCAAAUACGGAAAAUUCGCCUACAGCGCCGCUUUCGCAUACUCCGUCUCCACGGGUUACCAGGAACUCGAGCAAUUCGUCCCAGAGUCUCAACUCGCCUUCUCCGACGACGGCGGCGAGCUCUGGAAAAUGCGACGUGCGCUCAACGGCGACAGUCAGAUUGAAACUCGCGAUGGCGUGCCGGUUCUGGUGUCGAGUAUGAAACCCUGGGCUGAUGUUGAAGUUACAACGUACUUGGUUCCGCCACAUGAGGAGACGCCGAAUUGGCAUUUGCGUGUUCACCGUGUGACGAGCGGGAGGGAUCUCAAGAGUGCAGAGGGUGCGUGGGCGGUUUACGGGGCGAGGGAGUCGGAUGGGAGAUUACUGACUGAGUGGAAUGGUACACUUCGUGUGCUCGAUACCUCGAUUCCUGAAGGUGGAAAGUCGGAUUCUGUAUCUGCGUUUGCGGCGUCGCCGCGUACGGGAGCAGUGGGCAUCGUGGAUGUGUACCAAAAGGAGCGCCAGGGCAGUGUUAUUCUGUCUGAUGCGAAUAGUAAUUUGGUCGAGAGUAGGACUGUGUUGCCGAUUGUGCAGAAGGAUAUUAAGGAGGGCGAGACGACGUGGUUUGUUACUGCGGUGUUUGCCGUGCCGGCUAGUAAGGAGGGCUGGAGGGAGAGUUGGAAGGAGGGAUGGGAGAAGAGGCCGAGUGUGCCUGGGUGGGUUAGUAGUAUGAUUGAUGGAUAG